AUGGCAAGGUUCGGGGCCUUCUCGCGCCUCUUGGGCUUGGACCGUCCACCCCAUCGACACGACCAUUGGUGGCACGAACAUCGCCGACAACUCCUUCCCAGCUACCGUGACGACUUCUACGUCUCCGCCAUCCCCGCCGAAACCGUGACCGAAAUCGCUCUCCGCAUCCGUCACCUCAUCGAGAAAUGCGUCCCCAUCGAGCUCCCCGUUGAGAAAAUCAUCUCUCCGACUAGUAAGAUCAUCACGAAGAAGGUGCUCAAGGCAGCCAAGGAAGCCGGCGGUAAAGAGCACCGAUCAUGCGUCGUCUACUGUCUGCUCGUCAACAAGCGCUGGUGGAAACACCAAGCCCAAGUCGAACUCUGGGAUGCCGACCUACACGCCCUCCGCGCCGUAGCUUGCGAGGUUAUCGCCAAACAAAUCAUCGAGACGGAGGAGGACACCAACUUCUUGCUUCACGAGGUCCUGUUGAAGCGCUACUCCAUCAUGAUCGAUAACAAACCUACCAAGCCGUCCAACGUGAUCGAAAAGGCUGUCGACUUGCAUGCCCUCAGGGUGAUCGGCUCUUCGGGCUACCAAAAGUGUAUCAACUACCUCUGGCGCGGCUGGUUGGUCCAAGAUGAGAACGACCCGUCAACCUUUGUCGAAUACCGCGACAAGGACAACACCUCCUUCUGGUCGCACUUGGACCCGGAUCGCAUGCGCGCACCCAUGUACCAAAACUGGACGCAGAUGCUCAUCAGCUUCGUCUACCUCGUCCUCUACACUCUUGCCAUGAAUAGCGUCAAUCCCGGCGGCCACCUUGAUGUCGUUGAGGGCCUUUUAUACGCCUUCACACUCGGUUUCAUGUGCGACGAGUUCGCCAAGGUUUGGAAAGCCGGGCCCGCCAUCAUCGGCUUUUGGUCCGCCUUCAACAGCAUUCUCUACGGUCUUUUAACCACGUCUCUAGUCUUCCGCGUCAUCGCCUUCUCCCACGACAGCUCCGACGUCGACUGGCGGCAACACUACAACAUCCUAUCCUACAACUUCCUCGCUGUUUCCGCCCCCAUGUUCUGGCUGCGCAUUUUGCUAUAUCUCGACUCCUUCCGCUUCUUCGGCGCCAUGCUGGUCGUCCUCAAAGUCAUGAUGAAGGAAUCCAUCAUCUUCUUCGCUUUACUUCUGGUCAUUAUCGUCGGUUUCCUCCAAGCCUUUCUCGGUCUCGACCAAGCCGACGACCAAGUCGUCGAAGAUACCAUGUUCAUUGUGCAAUCCAUGGCCAACGCCUUGAUGCAGUCGCCCGAUUUCAGCGGCUUCGAGAAAUUCAACCACCCCUUUGGUCUACUUUUGUACUACUGCUUCACUUUUGUAGUUAUGGUCAUCCUGCUCAACAUCUUGAUUGCCCUCUACAACUCGGCCUACGAAGACAUCUACGACAACGCCAACGACGAGUACCUCGGCAUGUUUGCGCAAAAGACGAUGCAAUUCGUGAGAGCACCAGACGAGAAUGUGUUCAUCCCGCCGUUUAACCUCAUCGAGAUCUUUUUGUUGGCUCUGCCGCUGGAGUGGUGGAUGAACAAGACUACUUAUGAAAAGAUCAACGAUUGGUGCAUGGCUACUAUCUACUCCCCCCUCUUGCUGGUCAGCGCCUUCAUCGAAGUCAAGACUGCGCAAGAGAUUAGGGCCAACCGAGCCCGUGGAGACGGGGAUGAUGAUUCGGUUGAAGAGUGGGAGCAGAGGAUGGGAGACCUUGAUUUUGAGGCGGAUGGGUGGGCGAGGAGGGUCGAGAAUGCGAAGAGUAGAUUGGUCAAGAUGCAAGAAGAAGAGAUGGAUGAGGAGGAGGAGAAUGAAGACAUGGAGAUUGGGAAGUUGAGGGACGAGGUGAAGGAGCUCAAGGGGUUGUUGGGUGAGUUGAUGGGAAUGAUGCAGAAGGAGAGAGAGGGGAAGGGGAAGGAGGCUGUGAAGAACGAGAAUCCAGAGGUUGAGAGUCAGGGGGUUGACAGUCAGGCCACUCAGAUUGCUGGAGAUGGUGAUGGUGGUCAAAGCAGCAGCAGUAGUAGCAGUAGCAGUAGUGAUGGGAAGUGAGGCUCCAUGUUCCAUUUCUGCUGGUACGGAGAAGAUGGAUACCUACAAUUCCAUGUUAUCAAAAAAGAGAAGUGUUAGGCUAUGGUGCUGCCUAGGUAUUUGGGAAGAAAGAAUACUGAAUAGCUACGAGUUUUUAUUCUCCACGAUACAAUUUAU